AUGAGCAACGGUAGCUCGUUCAGGUCCCAUGACACCCUCGUCCCUCUCUCGGAGAGCCUUGGAGUACCUCUGUACAGCAACGUGAGCAAGGACGACUUGAACGGCUUCCUGGAGCUGGUGCUCUCAGCUCACUGUGGGGAUACGAUCUUGGUCGCCUGGGAGCACUUUACGAUUCCUCUCCUUGUCCAGGCGCUGGGCGUGCCGGAAGAUCCUUACUUCUCUCAGUGGCCGAAGACUUGCAACUCGCUCUACUUUCAAGAACCGAGGCACCUGGAGGCCGACAGCAGCUGCUACGAUCUGAUAUGGCGCAUCUCCCUUGAUUUGAGAAACUCAAGUGAUGGACCCUCGAGAACUGCCUCACGCGUGACGGAGUUUCAUCAAGGUAGGCGGAGGGUUUCGGCGGGCGGGAGGGCAGCGACUGUGCUCAAGAUCUAG